AGGAGACCCAUGGAAGGGAGAGGCGCGGGCUCGGGUCCCCGGCCGGGCCGGGCGGCUUAUGAACGCCUCACAGCCGAGGAGAUGGAUGAGCAGAGGAGGCAGAACGUGGCCUAUCAGUACCUGUGCCGCCUGGAGGAGGCCAAGCGCUGGAUGGAGGCUUGCCUGAAGGAGGAACUGCCGUCCCCCGUGGAGCUGGAGGAGAGCCUGCGGAAUGGGGUGCUGCUGGCCAAGCUGGGCCACUGCUUCGCCCCCUCUGUGGUUCCCUUCAAGAAAAUCUAUGACUCGGAGCAGCUGCGAUACCAGGCAACUGGCUUACAUUUCCGUCACACGGACAACAUCAACUUCUGGCUGUCAGCGAUAGCCCACAUCGGACUGCCUUCGACCUUUUUCCCAGAGACCACAGACAUCUAUGACAAGAAGAACAUGCCCCGGGUGGUUUACUGCAUCCACGCCCUCAGUCUCUUCCUCUUCCGGCUGGGCUUGGCCCCUCGGAUCCACGAUCUGUACGGGAAAGUGAAAUUCACAGCCGAGGAACUCAGCAACAUGGCCUCCGAACUGGCCAGAUACGGCCUCCAGCUGCCUGCCUUCAGCAAGAUCGGGGGCAUCCUGGCCAACGAGCUCUCGGUGGACGAGGCUGCAGUCCACGCCGCGGUGCUUGCCAUCAAUGAAGCCGUGGAGCGGGGAGUCGUCCGGGACACCCUGGCUGCCUUACAGAACCCCAGUGCGCUGCUGGACCAUCUCCGGGAGCCUCUCGCUGCCAUCUACCAGGAGCUGCUGGCCCAGGCGAAGAUGGAGAAGGCGGCCAAUGCCAGGAACCACGAUGACGGGGCCAGCCAGGAUAUCUAUGAUCACCACCUCACGCAGGCCGAGAUCCAGGGUAGCAUCAACCACGUCAACGUCCAUGGGGCUCUAGAAGUCGUCGACGACGCAUUGGAGAGACAGAGCCCCGAGGCUUUGCUUGCGGCCCUUCAAGACCCUGUGCUGGCCCUGCGAGGCGUGAGGAGGGACUUUGCUGACUGGUACCUGGACCAGCUGAGCUCAGACAGAGAGCAGAAGGCACAGGAGCUGGGCCUGGUGGAGCUUUUGGCAAAAGAGGAGGUGCAGGCUGGCGUGACAGCGGCCAACGUGAAGGGGGACCAGGAGCGAGCCAUGCUCCAGGCCGUGCAGAGGAUCAACGGAGCCAUCCUGCGGGGCGUGGCGGCGGGCACUGUGAAGGAGCUGAUGUGUCCUGAAGCCCAGCUGCCCCCAGUGUACCCCUUUGCUUCAGCUCUGUACCAGCAAGAACUGGCAGUACUCCAGCGGCAGCAGCAGGGGGAGCUGUGCCAGGAGGAGCUCUUUGUAGCCGUGGAGAUGCUGUCGGCGGUGGUCCUGAUUAACCGGGCCUUGGAGGCUGGGGAUGCUGGCGGCUUCUGGAGCAGCCUGGUGAACCCCGCCACAGGCCUGGCCGAGGUGGAAGCGGAGAAUGCUCGGCGUUACUUCGAGGCGCUGGUGAGGCUGCGGCAGGAGCGUGGUGUGGACGGGGCCUUCCUGAGUUGGAAUGACCUGCAGACCACCUUGAGCCAGGUCAACGCCCAGGUCCAGGAAGAGACCGAUCGGGUCCUCGCAGUCAGCCUCAUCAACGAGGCCCUGGACCAUGGCAGCCCCCAGAAGACACUUACUGCCCUGCUGCUGCCUGCAGCUGGCUUGGCCGAGAUCAGCCUCCCUGCCGCCCCACGGUACCACCACCUGCUCGUGGCAGCCAGAAGGCAGAAGGCCCAGGUGACAGGGGACCCCGGAGCUGUGCUGUGGCUAGAGGAGAUUCGCCAGGGAGUGGCCAGAGCCAACCAGGACACCAGCUCUGCUGAGAGAAUGGCUCUUGGUGUGGCUGCCAUCAAUCAGGCCAUCAGGGAAGGCAAGGCGGCCCAGACGGAGCGGGUCCUGAGGAACCCCAGCGUGGCCCUCCGAGGAGUGGUUCCUGACUGCGCCGCCGGCUACCAGCGAGCCCUGGAAGACACCGUGGCAAAGAAGCGGCGUCCAGGGGACACAGGGCUCUGGGUCCGGCACAGCAUGAAGGACGGCACUGCUUACUACUUCCAUCUGCAGACCUUCCAGGGGACCUGGGAGCCACCCCCGGGCUGCCACCUCAACACCUCCCACCUGACCCGGGAGGAGAUCCAGUCGGCUGUCACCAAAGUCACGGCUGCCCAUGACCGCCAACGGCUCUGGAAGGCCAACGUCCCCUUCAUCAUCCAGCUCCAGGCCCGUCUCCGAGGCUUCCUGGUCCGGCGGACGUUUGCUGAGCGCUCCCACUUUCUAAGGGCCUGGCUCCCUGCGAUCAUCACGAUCCAGGCUCGUUGGCGGGGUCACAGGCAGCGGAAGGCUUACUUAGAGCGGCUGCAGUAUUUGAAAGCAAACGUGGGUGCCGUGAUCAAGAUUCAGGCCUGGGCCCGAAUGUGGGCAGCACGGAGGCGAUACCGAAGGCGUCUGCGCUACUUCCGGAAGAACGUCAGCGCUAUUGUAAAGAUCCAGGCCUUUUUCCGAGCCAGGAGGGUCCGGGAUGACUACCGGACAUUAGUCCACGCACCCCACCCGCCUCUCAGCGUGGUUCGGAGAUUCGCCCACCUGCUGAAUCAAAGCCAGCAGGACUUCUCGGCGGAGGCCGAGCUGCUGAAGCUCCAGGAAGAGGUGGUCCGGAAGAUCCGGUCCAACCAGCAGCUGGAGCAGGACCUCAACCUCAUGGACAUCAAGAUUGGCCUGCUGGUGAAGAACCGGAUCACCCUGCAGGAGGUGGUCUCCCACUGCAAGAAGCUGACCAAGAAGAAUAAGGAGCAGCUGUCAGAGCUGAUGGUUCUGGACAAGCAGAAGGGAUUAAAGUCGCUGAGCAAAGAGAAACGGCAGAAGCUAGAAGCUUACCAGCACCUCUUCUACCUGCUGCAGACCCAGCCCAUCUACCUGGCCAAGCUGAUCUUUCAGAUGCCGCAGAACAAAACCACCAAGUUCAUGGAGUCGGUGAUAUUCACUCUGUACAACUACGCCUCCAAUCGCCGCGAGGCUUACCUCCUGCUCCAGCUGUUCAAGGCAGCACUCCGCGAGGAGAUCAAGUCGAAGGUGGAGCAGCCCCAGGACGUGGUGACCGGUAACCCCACAGUGGUGAGGCUGGUGGUGAGAUUUUACCGGAACGGGCGGGGACCGAGUGCCCUGCGGGAGAUCCUGGGCAAGGUGAUCCAGGACAUGCUGGAGGACAAGACCCUCAGCGUCCACACAGACCCUGUCCACCUCUACAAGAGCUGGGUCAACCAGACGGAGGCCCAGACGGGCCAGCGCAGCCACCUCCCCUAUGAGGUCACCCCGGAGCAGGCCUUGAGCCACCCCGAGGUCCAGAGACGACUAGACAUCUCCAUACGCAACCUCCUCGCUGUGACCGAGAAGUUUCUUGUGGCCAUCAUGUCAUCCGUGGACCAGAUCCCGUACGGAAUGCGGUACGUGGCCAAGGUCCUGAAGACAGCGUUGUCGGAGAAGUUCCCUGACGCCCGCGAGAGCGAGGUCUACAAGGUCGUAGGGAACCUCCUGUACUACCGAUUCCUAAACCCCGCCGUGGUGGCCCCUGACGCCUUCGACAUUGUGGCCAUGGCAGCGGGCGGCGCCCUUGCUACCCCACAGCGCCACGCACUGGGGGCGGUGGCUCAGCUCCUGCAGCACGCGGCAGCCGGCAAGACCUUCUCCGGGGAGAACCGCCACCUGCGGGUCCUGAACAGCUACCUGGAGGAGACGCACCUCAAGUUCAGGAGGUUCCUGUGCCGGGCCUGCCAGGUGCCGGAGCCAGAAGAGCGGUUUGCAGUGGACGAAUACUCGGACACAGUGGCUCUGGACAGGCCCGUGGUGUACAUCACAGUGGGGGAGCUGGUCAGCACACACAGGUUGUUGCUGGAGCACCAGGACUGGAUCGCCCCUGACCACCACGACCCCCUGCACGAGCUGCUGGACGACCUCGGGGAGCUGCCCUCGGUCCCUGACCUCCUUGGGGAGAACGUAGCUGCAGAUGGGACCGAGGAUCUGAGCAGGCUGGAAGUGUCCCUGACCCUCAGCAACAAGUUUGAAGGGGUGAAGACAGGCGCUGAUGACACCACUGCCCAGAACCUGCUGCUGAGCACCAAGCAGAUGCUGGCUGACAUCCUACAGUUCCAUCCGGGGGACUCCCUCCAGGAGGUCCUGUCUAUCUCCGUCUCCAGAGAGCAGGAAGUGGCCCACAAGCGACUGAUGGGCCGGCGCCAGGCCUGCGAGGCCCAGACCCCAGAGCCACUGCGGUGGCACCGCUCCCUGACCGCUCACUCCCUCCUGCCUCUGGCCGAGAAGCAGCGGCGAGUCCUGCGGAACCUGCGCCGGCUGGAGGGCUUGGGGUUGGUCAGCGCCUCCAACGGCUACCAGGGCCUGGUGGACGAGCUGGCCAAGGAUAUCCGCAACCAGCGUCGCCACCGGCAACGGCGGAAAGCAGAGCUGCUGCAGCUUCAGGCCACGUUCCAGGGCUUGAGCACCAAGACCACCUUCUACGAGGAGCAGGGCGACUACUACAGCCAGUACCUCCGGGCCUGCCUCAGCCACCUGGCCCCCAGCACCAAGAAUGCUGGGAAAGGGCGGAAGCCGCCGUGCCUUCACUACACCGCCGCCCAGCUUCUGGAGAAGGGGGUCUUGGUGGAAAUUGAAGAUCUUCCGGCCUCUCACUUCAGAAACGUGAUUUUUGACAUCACUCCUGGGGAUGAGGCGGGCAAGUUCGAAGUCAAUGCCAAGUUCCUGGGCGUGGACAUGGAGCGGUUUCAGCUUCACUAUCAGGACCUCCUGCAGCUUCAAUACGAGGGCGUGGCUGUCAUGAAACUCUUCAACAAGGCCAAGGUCAACGUCAACCUUCUCAUCUUCCUCCUCAACAAGAAUUUCCUGUGGAAGUGAGAGCAGCCUUGGGUGCUACCCAGGCCCUGCUUGGCUCCCCGGAUGCUUUUCUUAACACAAACUCGCCCUCACCUUCUGUGUGCACACACAGCUCAGGCCGCAGCCGCCCUCGGGGCGGCCUGGCAGCCCCAGCUGGGAGUUUUCACCGUGGCCACGGGCAGGCAGGAUCUCCUGCACUGGCUCAAAUCUCCUGCGCUGGCUCAAGUGGACCUUGCCCUGGAGGAAGGCAGUGUGGCUUUAAACUUCCAGAAACACCAGGGUUUUACAGCCAGGUGGGGAGUGAGUGACCUGUGGUCCAUCCCCUGGCCCCAGAAGGCCAAGCUGCUCUGUGUCCACUGCUGCCCCCUGCGGUUGUGGCCAGCCAGUAUUUUAGGCACUGCCUCAACGGCCCCAGUCCCCCUCUGCCUGCCUUCUGUCCAAAGACCCCCACAGCCAAGGCCAGUCUCCCCAGUCCUCCAUCUCACUACAUCAGCGGGUGCCCCUGCCCUGCUGAAGCCAGGCCACUGCUCCCCACCCAUGCACUCCCCAACUUCGUGUGUGUGCGCUGCUGCUGCUGCUGCUGCUGCUGCCGCUGCCGCCACCUUUGCCUCAGGAUGCCCGGGUGACCAGAUGCCUCCAGGGCAGCAUAGGCAGGAUGGCCCUCCGCUGCCUCGAGUCCCAGCCCCCGUCUGUCCAUUCUCUAUGUGGUUCACUGGGGUAUUUAUGCUCUCUCCCACCCUACGCUGCAGAUCACGCUGUGGCCUUCAUUCACCAUGGCUUCCACCGGUCAUCUUUGUGAGCUCACAGAGUGCUCUCAUUUCCCCUGUUCACACUAAUCAUGCUCCUCGUCCGUGGGCCUCCCACGUGCAUUUACGAGCUCCUUAUUUGAGCCUUGUGGUGCAAAGCCCAGUCUUCUCCAUUUGUUUCUCCGGCCCCUCCACCAGCUCCUCCAGGCCACUUUGACGGGUCUGCAGCCCUCUCUCUGCCACUGUCUGUUAUCCCCCCAUCUCCCCAUCGUCCCUGUUGCCCUUUUUGAUUUCACUUUAAUAAAUGCAGCUGUUACCUCCA